GGAGCGACCUGGUGACGUGAGGAGCGUUCCAUUCCGCCAGCGGUGGGCGGUUGCCACAGCUGGUUUAGGGCCCCGAUUAUUGGGGCCCCUUGUCAGGAGGAGGCAGCCUGCUGUCAGGGAGGAGCAGUCGCUGACACCCUAGGCGGCCGACACGAUCCGUUGAGGGGGGUGGCGGGACAGUGCACUUUCUGCCCUCAGCCGCGGCGGGAGUUUGCUCUCCCGCGUUCAGAUUUUCAUUCGUGUUCUCCUGGGCUGGGCUCGCUUUCCUGGUCUGUGUUCUCGCGCUGAGUCGGUUUCAGAGGAGGGGAUUGUUUGCCAGGGCUAAAAAUUGGAUUUUUGAUGAUGUUUGACCCCGUGGCAACAAUAGAAGGCGACGUGAUUUCAAAGCUAGGCUCAGCCUCUGUUUCUUCUCCUGUGUAGUCACCAAGCGUGUUUUGAACCGGGAACUCCAAUCAUGUCUGUGAUGGUGGUAAGAAAGAAGGUGACACGGAAAUGGGAGAAACUCCCAGGCAGGAACACCUUCUGCUGUGAUGGCCGGGUCAUGAUGGCCCGGCAAAAGGGCAUCUUCUACUUGACCCUCUUCCUCAUCCUGGGGACAUGUACACUCUUCUUUGCUUUUGAGUGUCGCUACCUGGCUGUUCAACUGUCUCCUGCUAUUCCUGUGUUUGCGGCCAUGCUCUUUCUUUUCUCUAUGGCCACACUGUUGAGGACCAGUUUCAGUGAUCCUGGAGUGAUUCCUCGGGCCCUACCAGAUGAAGCAGCUUUCAUAGAAAUGGAGAUAGAAGCUACCAAUGGUGCAGUGCCUCAGGGCCAACGACCACCUCCUCGUAUCAAGAACUUCCAGAUAAACAACCAGAUUGUGAAACUGAAAUACUGUUAUACAUGCAAGAUCUUCCGGCCUCCCCGGGCCUCCCAUUGUAGCAUCUGUGACAACUGUGUGGAGCGCUUCGACCAUCACUGUCCCUGGGUGGGAAAUUGUGUCGGAAAGAGGAACUACCGCUACUUCUACCUCUUCAUUCUCUCUCUCUCCCUCCUUACAAUUUAUGUCUUCGCUUUCAACAUCGUCUAUGUGGCUCUCAAAUCCUUGAAAAUUGGCUUCCUGGAGACAUUGAAAGAAACUCCUGGAACUGUUCUAGAAGUCCUCAUUUGCUUCUUCACACUCUGGUCUGUUGUGGGACUGACUGGAUUUCACACUUUCCUCGUGGCUCUCAACCAGACAACCAAUGAAGACAUCAAAGGAUCAUGGACAGGAAAGAACCGUGUUCAGAAUCCCUAUAGCCAUGGCAACAUUGUGAAGAACUGCUGUGAAGUGCUUUGUGGCCCCUUGCCCCCCAGUGUACUGGAUCGAAGGGGUAUUUUGCCAUUGGAGGAAAGUGGAAGCCGACCUCCCAGUACUCAAGAGACCAGCAGCAGCCUCUUGCCACAGAGCCCAGCCCCAACAGAACAUAUGAACUCUAAUGAGAUGCCGGAGGACACCAGCACUCCAGAAGAGAUGCCACCUCCAGAGCCCCCAGAGCCACCACAGGAGGCAACUGAAGCUGAGAAGUAGCUGAUCUGUGGAAGAGACUUUUGUUUGUGUUUAAUUAGGGCUAUGGGAGAUUUCAGGGGAGAAGAUAAACCUGAGACAGAGAGCAAAUAAGCUGUCCCUUAGUUACUAUUUUCCUUUGGUCUUUAGUCACCUAAUUGAGCACUGGCAUUUUCUUGCUGCAAACUUUUUUUAAAAUUUCUAGACUCAAGGCAGUGACAGAAGAUGCCAGUUACCUCUGGCAACUGGACAAAUGGGUCUCUUGGGACGUGGCACUUGUUUUCCCUUGUCUCAGCCACAAGGUUUGCUUGGACUCCCCCUUCUCUUCCCUUCAGAUCCCAGCUCUCCUGCUGGCAGUCAUUGGUCUCAUUCUGGGACUAAAGAUUCUCAAGACUGGCUCAAGUUCUUUUCAGCUGCUGCAUGUCCUGAGUCCAGAGGCAGUCACAGAGACCUCUGACCAGGGAAUCCCAACUAGACUCUUAGCUCCUUCAGAAUCAAUGAGGAAUGGAGAGUGUGGCUGAAGGAUUCUCCUGGCUAAAAAAGUGCCAGUAUUGCCAGCCAAUCCUUUUAGGAAUAGGGCAGGUACCUUCCACUUGUAUUUAUUCGUGUAGUUUCUCCUUUCUCCCCCAUCCACUCUCUUAACAUCUAAGCCCCACUCUAGAUGAUAUAUGUAAGUAGUCAUAGUAGAGAUAACAAUUUACAUUUCUCAUAGAUUCUCCAGAAACUUCAAUGCCUGUGCUAUUCUCAAUAAGCAUUGAGGAGAUGCCAACAGCAUAGCCCCUCACACUCUCUGUCUCAUCUCCUCUCCUUCCUCAUUAGCCCAUUUUAAUAUUCUUCUUUUGACUCCUGCUCCCAUUAGGAGCAGGAAUGGCAGUAAUAAAAGUCUGCACUUUGGUGGUUCCUUUUCCUCAGAGGAAGCCUGAGUGCUCACUUAAACACUACCCCCUCAGACUUCUUGUGUAAGGCCUCCAGAGGCCCUGAAUGCACAAAUGGGGAAACCAAGGCACAGAGAGGCUCUCCUCUCCUCUCCUCCCCUGCCCUCCCCUCCCCUCCUAUCCCCUCCCUCCCCUCCUCUCUUCUCUUCUCUUCUCCUCUCCCUCUUCAUCCCCACAAAAAAAGAGAAAAAGAAAAAAAGAGAAAAAAUAAGGCUAAACAGUACUUCCAUUAAGCCUCGGCUGAGAGAGGGAAAGCCCAAGCACUGCUGCCCUCCCGGGUAUCCCACUCCAAGGCCUCAGCCCACCUCAGGCAAUGGUAACCACACCAGGGGCUUCAUCUAAGCCCCACUCUUCCAGCACUUCCACCAGCAGAGUCCCAGAGCCACUUCAUCCUGGGGGUGGGCUGUGGCCCCCAGUCAGCUCUGCUCAGGACCUGCACUAUUUCAGGGAAGAAGAUUUAUGUAUUAUAUGUGGCUAUAUUUCCUAGAGCACCUGUGUUUUUCUCUUUCUAAGCCAGGGUCCUGUCUGGAUGACUUACGGGGAUGGGGAGGGGGUGUGAACCAGAACUCUUACUCUAUUUGAAGGCAAUUAAACUGUGUCUAAUGCAAACUGCCUGCCUCCUCCUUCCCCCUCCAUUUCAAGAACCACCAUGGGGAUGUGAAUGUGUUUGUGUGUUGGGUGUGGGGGGGUGGGGGUUGGAAGGGGUUGCUUGUUACCCAUAUUUCCAUUUUCCAGGGUAUCCUUGGGUUGAAGAGACAGCUCUCAAAUUCAACCUCUCCAUUGAUCUAUAUUUCAUUCUAGGCCGAAGUUUAUCUUAUUCUGGACUAUGAAGCAAGGACUUUCUGAGCAAUAUACAGUGUGAACAGAUCAAAAGGAUAGCAAGAUUACAUUUACUUAAGAGAACAUGUUCCUUUUUAGGAUGUUGUUUUUAAGUAGAUGAGCGCUGUUAAUUGCAAAUAAGUCUUGGUUAUUGAAGUAGGCUCACUAGGGCCUCCCCUUGGAGAUAUUUCAUUAGUGAUCUUUUACACGUGAUAGCAUGUAUUUCUUUUCAAAUGUCUAUAAUCAAGACUCCUAUCUCACUUUUUCCAGUUAACGGAAUUCGUGACAUUUGGCUGCUCCCAGGUUUUUUUCUGUGUCUUUCUGUUUUGCUUGUUGUGGGAUCUGAACUUAACAUUCCUGGGGGAGAGAGAGUCAUUGGGAGAGAGAUUGACACAGAUUCCUCUCCUAUCUGCUUCUUGUUUCCCAUUCUUUUUCUGGCUUUCUCAGUUAGAUUUCACUUAGUUCAAAAUAAGGGCAAUCUUGGAGAAUGUGGAAGUUAGGUCUUUUUGGGUUUUUUUUCCGUCAACAGCCCAUCUCCUAUUUUGGGCCAAGAUGGCUUUCUUUCCUCUCUCGACUUACCUCAGCUACUCUCCUGCUCUCCCUUAGGCCAAUCAGAAGAGCUUUCUCUUUCUGAUGGGAAGGAUUAACAUGGAAAUGUCUUAUCUCCAGUGCAAAACGAUUUUUUAAAUCUGCUUCCUCACACUCUUUUGCCCACUUUCUCUUUCUUUAUAAACGUUCUGUAUUUAAGACCUUGGCCUGAAGACCUGUCCCAUUCAUACCAUGUACCUGUUGGGACAGUCCCUAGUCUGAGCUCGGAUCAGAGGAGAGACUGAAGAAUUGAUCUUUCCCUGGGGAAAGGGGCCUUAUAUUGUUUGAUCUUUUCAGUGGCUGACACUCUCUCCAACUCUCCCCUUCCUCUUCAUUCCUCACGAUUCCUAUGCACCCACCCCACUUCCCCAGGCCAGGAUGGUUGGCACUGAUCCAAAACCUCUGAGAACAGGAGAAAUUUCUGUCGUUUUGGUUCUGGGGCCCUCCUGGCCCUAGCUGAGAUCAUCAUUGCCCCUUUUGCACUUUUCCCCAGGAGUGGGGUUGGGUUAGAGGUGGGUUGUAAUUCUAUAGCCACUAAAUUCCAUUUUUCCCAUCCUGACCGUCCUGCCCUUACCCCUGAGGCCUCCUGUCCUACUGACCAAAUCUCUUUACCUUGUUGGGGGGAAAAGUAUUUUGUUUUUAAAUCUAUUUUCUAACUUAAAUGCAAUUUAAUAUGUAAAUCUCUGCACUUUUGUGUGAGCCUACAAAUGUGUAUGUGUUGGGAGUUUUUCACUCCCUGGUAUUUCUUAAUAAAGAAAUCUUUCUUUUGGGGGGAAGCCAAUUAAUGAAGGAGACUUGAAUGAUUUUAGAAAUACAGGGCUGUCUGUUUC